AACAAAAAAGGGUAUUGCCACUUCAAAAACUUUGUCUAUGUGGUCAAAGGAUGCUUGUGCAAAAUUAUGAACGUUGUCAAGAAAAACAUAUUUGGCGAUGUAACACUUGCAAAAAGACGAAGUCAAUUCGAGCAGGAUUUUUUGAAAGCUCUCCAUCUUUAAGUGUAAGUCUGAUACUUCAAUUAAUGUUUUUAUGGAUCCUGGAGGUCCCUGUAACCGCUGCAUCUGAGGUAGUAGGUGUAAACGAAAAAACCUCAAUUCAGUGGUAUCAAUACUUCCGGGACAUUUGUUCAUUUAAAACUAUGGAUGUUGCUGCUGUUAAUCAAUUAGGUGGUCCAGGGCUCAUUGUAGAAAUAGAUGAAUCUUUAUUUUUUAAACGAAAAUAUAAUGUUGAGCAUAACGUUGAAAAACAUUGGAUUUUUGGGGCAUUUGAUGUAACUAGUAAGAAAGGAUACUUAAGAAGGGUAGAGGAUCGAACAGCUCAGACAUUAGUGCCAAUAAUUCAACAAUGGGUUGCACCUGGAUCAAUAAUACAUUCAGAUCAGUGGGCUUCUUAUACUAAUUUAAAUAACUUAGGUUACAACCAUUUCAAUGUAAACCUUGUUUUUUUUUUAUGUACAACACAAAAUAUACGUUGCAAAAACUAAAAGAAGAUAAGCCACAAAAAGAUAUACAAAGAAGAUAAGCUACAAGAAGAUAACUGUAGAAGAUCGAUUAAAAGAAGAUUAGCCACAAAAAGAAAUGUAAAGAAGAGAAGAUACGAGAAAAUACCUUUAGAUGAUCGAUUAAAAGAAGAUAAGCUACAAAAAGAAAU